AUGGUGUGUUCAGAUCAUACCAUCAAAUUGGUCGGUAAAGAUUCCAUGUCAUCACGAGGUCAACUCACAGGUCACAGUGGACCUGUUUCAGGUGUAAGCUUUGCACAUAGAAACCCAUUCACAGUAUUCUCAUCAUCAAGAGAUGGUACCGUCAGAUGUUGGGACACGCGGAUGAAAAGAAACAAAGCUCCCCAAGUUUUUACAGGUUACGAGGGAAAUUCUUUCACAAGCUUUGACAUCAACUCCACCGAUGACAUUUUAAGUGCUGGUACCGAAGCAGUAGAUAAUGAUGCAUACCUCAUGUUUUGUCCUGGAUGUUGUCCUGUGAGUGAUGAUUACCUGAAGCCCAUCCCGAGGGGAGAGCAUCGGGCAGCCGAACAUCCAAAGAGCCCAAUUAAACUUGACAGUUUAAAAGUCUCCCAAUUUCCCAUCUAGACAACAUAACUUAAC